AUGCAUCAAGGUAAUAACACUGUUAUAGUGCUUGUAUAUGUUGAUGAUUUGCUAAUUACUGGAAGCAGUGAAUCAUUUAUCAAUGCCACCAAAAUCAAGUUGCAUCAGCAAUUCAAAAUGAAAGACUUGGGUGAUCUCAAGUAUUUUUUGGGUAUUGAAGUUUUAAUAUCAAUAUCAGGGAUCAUAUUAAACCAAAGAAAGUACAUUCUUGAGUUGAUUGCUGACACAGGGAUUAGUGGUACUAAACCAGCUAUCACCUCUCUAGAAUCUAAUGCCAAGUUAACAUCUAUUGAGUAUGAUCAUGCCACAGGUGCACAAUAUGAUGAGUUGCUAUCUGAUAUUUUAUCUUACCAAAGACUUAUUGGGAAACUUAUGUAUGCCACUAUUAUAAGGCCAGACAUUGAUUUUGCUGUGCAAACUCUCAACUAA